UUAUUGCUAACUUUUGAUUCAAACAUUUUGUUGAAUUAAGUCCUCAUUUCCAUCAUGAAGCUACUGUUUUUAUUUAUCAUAUCAAGCGUAACUUUUACCACGGCUAACAAAUAUGAUGUUGAAGCAGAAAUAACAGAAAAAUUAGAAGAUCUUAAGUCAACAGUUCAAGGCACAAUUUCUGUGGCAUUUAUCACCAAUUUAGUUAAAGAUUUCACCAGCUAUCGUACCAGUAUGAUCUACUCAUCAGCGUCAGCACUAGGACAACAAUCUCAAACUUUCAGAAAUCGUAUUAACAACCUUAAAAUGUCUGCACAAUACGCCGGUAAAAACAUUGACGUAUGUUUGUCAACCAAUGAACCCCUUCUAAACAAACUAGCAAAUGACGCAUCUACACAACUGAAUGAAUGUGUCAUUGUUGCAGACAGUGAAAUGGCCAUUAUUGAAAAGGACACGAAUUAUAGAGUUGACACGUUAAUGAAUGAAGUUCACAAGUUAGAAUUUCAGCUUGAUAUAUGCGCAAACGAUCUUUUGUGUCAGGCAUCUGUGACUACAGAUAUUGAAACAUCUAUGUUGAGCAUACCCCAAAAAAUAGGAGUAGAAGUGGACCAAGCAGUAAUAUUAAGCGACGAGUUGAAAGUGCAGAUAAAACCUUGUAUGGACCCCAAAGUUGCACAAUAUAGUUUGGAAGCCGGUGCAGUUGCAAGUGAAAUAACCCGUUGUGUUAACAAUAUACUAUCGUCUUAAAAAUAUAUCUAGUUUGGCAUGUAAAAUUUAUUAUCAAUCUGAUAAACUUAAGACAUACUUGUUCUAAUAGCAUCCAAAAUACGUAUGUGUUGUUGUUUGGUCGAACAUACAACGUCUCAAAAUGAUGACUUCAGUUAUUUACAUAACAAAAGACUGUGAUCACUAUCAUAUCACCACUUUACAAUAAAAGAUAACCGAAAAUUUCGUGGAUACAACAAUUUUUCGGUUGGGAAGUUUUGACUAUUGUCAAAAGAAAAAUGGCGCUAUGUACUGUCGUCUAUGGACGUAGUUGGGAAGCCAUCUUGACGCGAUUUGCUGAACAAAGUGCUUGUUCUCAGCCAGUAUAAGCUGUUUAUCCGUUUCACUUUAUUGACACCAGUAGAAGAUAAUAGCACCGAUAAAGUUUAUUAUUAUUACAUACUUCUAUAGACAAAAUCUACCCUUUACCGAACCCAGUGUGUACGCAAUGCGUGUCUUAUUUUUAGUUUUCGUAACUAUUGUAACUGCUAAGGUUACAAAUCCUCAAAGACAGCUUUACGACCUGGAAGAUGAAAUCAGAGAAAAACUAGAAAACCUUAGAUCAACCGUUAGAGGCUCAAUUUCUGCAGCAAUAAGUUCAGUUGACAACAUGAUGAGACAAUUGUUCAGUUUUCGAAAUUAUGCAAUGUUAAGCGCCACAAGUGCAGCUAGAGAACUGUUCCAGACGUUUAAUAAUCAAAUCACUACUCUUAAAGAUUUAGCCCAUGCAGCUAACCAAAACAUUGAUGUCUGCUUAGAAAACAAUGAACCCCUUUUGACCGACUUAUAUGAAGACGUCGUUAAUAUAUUGUGGGAGUGUCUGACAUUCGCAGAUAGAGAAAUGUCAAUUAUUCAAAAAGAAGCUAAUUACAAAAUAGACACACUUAUGAGUGAAGUGAACAUGUUUGACUUUCAGGUUGACUUAUGUGCAGGAGAUUUUUUGUGUAUGUCUUCGCUCAUUACAGAAAUUGAGCUAGCGAUGAUAAAAAUACCACAAAAAAUUGGACUCGAAGUCGAACAAGUUAAUGAACUUUUCAACGAGUUGAAAGUAUUGAUACAAGAGUGUAUGGAUUCUAAAUUAGCACAUAUUACUACAGAAGGCGGUGCAAUUGUUACUAAAAUUACCGAUUGCGUUAAUAACAUAUUAAUUGUUUAAAAUGUCACGUUCAAGAUCUAGUUUUAAAACUCGAUAAACUUAGAUACAAUAUAUCUGAUAAAAUACCAA